AUGUUCCUGAAACAUUGGUGGAAGUUUCUAAAGGAAGUUAAUAAGUCAGGGGGAAGUUCCUCUGGCAUAUUCCUGGACCUUUCUCAUGAAGACUUAAAGGGCACUGCUGAGGGACUGCGAUCUGCUGGGAGGACAUGGACUCUUGGCUCUCGUGGCACCUACCUGGGCAUUGCUGCCAUUACAUGGGGCAUGGUGCUGUGGGUGGAGGUGGAUGCCUGGACUUACCACUACAGUGACCAAGGGGACUACACGUGGGAGCAGGCCAGGAAUUUCUGCCAGACCUUCUUUACUGACCUGGUGGCAAUCCAGAACCAGCAGGAGAUCGAGUACCUCAACAAGAGCCUACCCUACCAUGGGCGCUACUACUGGAUUGGCAUCCGCAAGCUGGGUGGUGUCUGGACCUGGGUGGGCACCCAGAAGGCGCUGUCCAAGGAGGCAGAGAACUGGGCAGCGGGGGAGCCCAACAACCGCCGCUCCAACCAGGACUGUGUGGAGAUCUACAUCCAGCGGCCACAGCAGUCUGGCAAGUGGAAUGAUGAGCCCUGCAACCGGAAGAAAAAGGCACUGUGCUACCGGGCCUCCUGCCAGCCCUUCUCGUGCAGCCAGCGUGGUGAGUGCGUUGAGACCAUUGGGAGCUACCGCUGCGAGUGCUACCCUGGCUUCCAUGGCCCUGAGUGCACGGAUGUUGUGCAGUGUGCCAAGCUGGAGCCCAAGGGAGUGCCCAUGAACUGCAGCCAUCCCUAUGGAGACUUCAGCUACAACUCCACCUGCGAGUUCGGGUGCCACAAGGGGUUUGAGCGGCAAGGGGCAGGCGUGCUGCAGUGCCUGCCUUCCCAGAAGUGGUCAGCAAACAUUCCCACCUGCACAGCCAUCACCUGCCCAGUGCUCAGAGCACCAGACCAGGGGGAGCUGAACUGCUCCCACCUCCAUGGGGACUUCACCUUUGGCUCCACGUGUGCCUUUUCCUGCCAGAAGGGGUUUGUACUGAUGGGGCCGGGGAGCCAUGAGUGUACAGCCACAGGGAUCUGGACAGGGGAUGCCCCACGCUGUGAAGGUAGAGCUGCUGCUGGAGCGCCAGCUGUCACUAGCCUUGGGGUGAUGCUGUGUUCCCAAGCUUCUGGUUGAUGUGUACGUCUUCACUCUGCAGCCAUUGUCUGUCCAGUGCUCAGUGCUCCAGACCAGGGAGAGAUGCACUGCUCCCACCUCCAUGGCAAUUUUACCUAUGGAUCCAUGUGCUCCACGUGUGCCUUCUCCUGCCAGGUGGGGUUUGUGCUGAUGGGUCCAGAGAGCCGUGAGUGUACAGCUCUGGGGACCUGGACUGGGGACCCCACACAUUGCAAAGCCAUCAGCUGCCCAGUGUUGUCCCCCCCCAGCAGAGGCCAACUCAGCUGCUCUCAUGUGCACGGGAACUUCACCUACAACUCCACAUGCACCUUUUCCUGUGAGGAGGGAUAUGUUCGGAUGGGAGCAGAGAUGCUCCGGUGUGAGGCCACGGGGAACUGGACCAGGGAUCUCCCUGUCUGUGCAGAGGAUGGUGCCUUCCUAAAGCAAGUCCUGGCUUACAGCAGUGGCUCAGCUCUGGCAGUAGCUGGUCUUGUGGUCUCUGGAGGGCUCAUUGCCCUCCUUGCCAAGAGGCUCAGUGACAGAGAGGAGAAGAGGAAGCUUCUGAAACCCACCAGUGACCUGGGAGCACCAGGAAUCUUCACCAAUGCAGCAUAUGAUGCCAACCUGUGA